AUGAUCAUGGACGGAAAUCUCGUUGCUGCCUCGCUAAUUGGUGGAAGUCUCGCAGGAAUGUCAACUGACAUUGCCUUCUUCCCCAUUGAUACACUCAAAACCAGACUCCAGGCAAAGGGCGGGUUUUGGGCAAAUGGUGGCUGGAAAGGUGCCUAUCGCGGUCUCGGCAGCGCCGUCGUUGCUUCUGCUCCUGGCGCAAGUUUAUUUUUCCUGUCCUAUGAAUCUUCUAAAAAAAUUCUUCAUCCAUAUGCUAAAAAACAUAUUGCCAACGAGGAAAUCGGCUCCGGCCUUGUUCACAUGAUUUCUGCAUCCAUUGGUGAGAUUGCCGCAUGCUCUGUUCGUGUCCCUGCAGAAGUUAUCAAACAGCGUGCUCAAGCUUCUCAAUUCUCUUCUUCUGUCGGAGCAUUCAAGGCAAUUCUUUCAAACCAAUCUGGUGAGGGAGUUUUUAGAGGAUUAUACCGUGGCUGGGGUUCUACAAUUCUGCGUGAAAUUCCAUUCACAGCCAUUCAAUUCCCCCUCUAUGAAUACCUGAAAAAGACUCGUGCAAAGGCUCUCAAUGUUGAGUCUGUCUCACCCGCCGAAGGCGCUAUUGCUGGCUCGAUAGCAGGCGGAUUUGCAGCCGCCCUUACUACCCCUCUUGACGUUAUUAAAACAAGACUUAUGCUCAAUAAAACUCCUAUCGGAAUUAUCACUCUUGCCAAAAACAUUCUCAAGGAAGACGGCUAUGGCGCCUUUUGGAAGGGUAUCGGUCCUAGAACUAUGUGGAUCAGUGCGGGAGGUGCUAUUUUCUUGGGUACUUAUGAAGUUGCAAGAAAGUAUGCUCUCAUGAUUCUCGAAUAG